AUGGCAUACCAACUCUUUGCGAAGAGUCAGAAACUGGCGACUUCACCUUCUUCACCUUCCUCGUCCCCAGUCAGCCGUAGCCCCGCGCGCCCACCCAUUCAUCUCCCUCCUGUCCAACCGCCUAAAUCGGCUGUCGCAAACACGUCCGGGCCAACACGCUCGAAAGAGGAGGUCUUCGAUCCAUAUCUACAUGAUAUCCCGGCUGGCAUUGCGACUUCACAUCCUCAUAUCACGGUCGAAAAAGUCCACACCGCACAUAUCCCCUCUUUAACGCGGAUCACGGGCUUACUCCUUCCAAUCCGAUAUCCAACCUCUUUCUACACAGCUACCAUAACAGAUCCGGUUAUUGCUUCUCUGUCGCGAGUUGCUAUUUAUCAUGACCACCCUGUUGCUGCUUUUCCGCAGUCUGGCCCUUCUACUGGCGCAAACAAAGUGAUCGGUGGCAUUCGGUGUCGUUUGGAGAGAAUUCCACUGCCAGAAGACUCAAGCCAAGAACCGCAAACUCAGAGCAACAGAGAUCAGACAAAUUUAUACAUCCAGACUCUGCAUCUACUUUCACCCUACCGGGGCAACGGUGUAGCAGCGUCGUUGCUAAAUUCACUUCUCUUUGCGUCACCGCCAGACCGCAAGAAAGAAUCCUACCGAGUGUCCGGGCUUGUUAAACAUUACAAUAUUCGCUCUGUGACAGCACAUGUUCACGAGGCAAAUGAAGAAGGGCUGGAGUGGUAUACUGCACGUGGUUUUAGAAUCGAUGGCCAUGUAGACGAAUACUAUCGUCGCUUGAAACCCACGGGUGCUAAAAUCGUGCGGAUGGAUCUACACUGGGACGAAACGAAAACAGUUAUUCUGGAAGAACACAGUGUUCGGGAGACAUCUUCUCGCAGUGAAACAGAGGACGAAGACUGGGAGAAGGUGGAAGCGGAAGAUGGAGAUGAAGGUGAUCAUGGCGUGCGGCAUUUGGGCGAGUCACAGGUCUUUGAAAAUCAGGACACGACUUCGCGCAAGCGCAAGGCCGAAGAUGAUCACAAGCUCGUAAACAAGUGA